UGCUUCUCAACUCUUCCUCCCUGCCUUGCUGCCUUUCUUUCUUUCUUUCUUUGUGUCUUUGUUGUGUAGCUUAGCUAGCUCUCUGCAGCUACUGAUCCCAUUGGAACAUGUUACUUCUUCUUCUUCUUCCUGAAUCCAAUUCGGUUAGUCAACAGUUUCCGUUCCAUGGAGGGAUCAACAUCAUCACCGGCGUCUUCCUCCCAAUCCCUCGCUUUCUACGACUUCCUGGAUCGCAUGCGAAACCCUGCUUCUCUCGAUCUUCUUCGAUCAAUUAAGAGCUUCAUUGUAUCAUUUUCAUUCUAUCCAUGCAAUCCUGAAAGUGAUGGGAAAAGAGUGCAAGAGUUCUUCUCAACAACAGAAACUGCAAUAAGAGAUCAUCCAUUGUGGAUGGGUGCCACUGAAGAAGAGAUUGACUGUGCAAUGGAGGGUUUGGAGAAAUAUAUAAUGACUAAAUUGUUCUCCCGGACAUUUUCUGCUUUGCCUGAGGAUGCAAGGAUUGAUAAUGACAUAUCAGAGAAAAUAUGCUUGCUGCAAACCUUUCUGAAGCCUGAACAUCUGGACAUACCAGCACUUCUUCGCAAUGAAGCUUCAUGGCUGCUGGCUGAGAAAGAAUUGAGGAAAAUCAAUGGUUUCAAAUCUCCUCGUGAGAAACUAUUGUGUAUAAUGAAUUGUUGUAAGGUCAUCAACAAUCUGCUGCUCAAUGCAACAAUUUCUGAAAAUCAUGUGCCAGCUGGGGCUGAUGACUUUCUCCCUGUGCUCAUAUAUGUUACAAUAAAGGCCAAUCCUCCCCAAUUACAUUCUAACCUGAAAUUCAUCCAGUUGUACCGAUGGCAAGCAAAACUCGUCUCAGAAGCUGCAUAUUAUUUCACAAAUCUUGUGUCCGCCAUGGCAUUUAUAGUUGACUUAAAUGCUACAUCCCUUUCCAUGGAUGAGGACAAAUUUGAGGAAAACAUGGAAGCAGCCAAAUUGAAGAGCAAAUUAAAAAGUGAAGAAUAUCAGAUGAUCAAACAAGGGGAGGCCAAGUGCAGUUCAUCAGGCAAAAUGUGUGACGAAAUUGAAGAGACAAGAGUUAUGUCGCUUGAAUCAAAUUAUCCAUAUAUGGAAGCUCGGAGUCGAGAGUUGAAGGAGAGAGACGUUGACAGAUUGUUAAGUCUCUACAAGGAUUUAGUUUUGAAGUAUACAGCCUUGUGCAAAGCUAUUGAUUGCCUUCCAAUUUCAGAGAAAGAACCAAUUCUUAGACACCUAAAGAUGCAGGAAACAGUCAGUCUGGUUGCACCGCAGGGCCAAUGAAUUGGAAUAGAUGCAGGUAAGUUUGAAGCCACUGAAAGAAAAUGGGGCAUAUAGAAAGAAGGGUAUUUAUUUUGAGGCCCAACGGUGGGCACCAAUUGUACUUGUGUGGAUAACCUGGACAUGACCUUGGCUAAGCGAGUCGACGCCGAGCUUUUGCCUUCAUCGCCGAGCUAUAAGCUAGGAUGAUCCGAACUCUUCGUCCAAAGAGAUAUCACGUCAUGGAGAGUAUGAACAAAGGGGGGAGUGUACCUGCAAAAGGCACUCCGAUGCUUAAGUUAGUACUGAGAAUUCAGUGUAUCCCUAUUGAGGAUAAAAUAUCAUACCUUUAUAGGUAAAGUAAGAUAGGUCAGUUACAUUCUUGUUGAUUAUCUGAAUUGAUGAGCAGUUAUUAGGUUUAAUAAGUAAUAAAUACCUGGUCAGACAGUUUUAUUCCAGGAUGUAGUCUGCUAAGUCUGAUUGUAACGUACAACGUCGAGUUAUAACGUAACUGCUGAGUUAUGGUGUGUAAUGUCGAGUUAUGACAUAGGAUUUGUAACGACCGUAUCAAUUACCAAAGUGUAUUUUCUAAUAACCAAUAACAUACUUUACUAUAUUUUUAAAGAA